GAAGGAGAUUAGAACACAGUUAUAAAACAAGGAAACCUUUUAAGUAAAUAUCAUCAUGGCUAGUCGUUACCUUGCCCGUAUAUCCUCCAGACUAGGAGCACAGAUGAAACCUUGGCGGACAUCGAAUAUGACUUAUGCUGUGUUACAACGGUCUACACAGAAGAAUAUCUUGGUCACAGCACCAAAAUAUUUGUCCACAACACCAGUCAGAAAGUGUUUAGUAGAGACCAAGUUUGAAGCUUUCAAUGUUCAGGAUACAGAAGACUACCAGAAAAGAGUGAUGGAAAGUAGUGUCCCGGUCAUUGUGGACUUUCAUGCGUCAUGGUGUGGUCCAUGUAAAUUGUUAGGACCACGUUUGGAAUCCCUUGUUUCAAGCAAAGGAGGAAAGAUUGCCUUAGCAAAAGUAGAUGUGGAUGACAACACAGACCUGGCUAUUGAAUAUGGGGUAAACAGUGUACCAACAGUCCUUGGAAUAAAGAAUGGAAAAGUCCUUGAUAAAUUCAUCGGACUUCAAGAAGAUGAUAAAUUAAACUCCUUUAUUGAAAAAUUAAUCCACUGAAGGAAGAGGUUUGAGAGAAAACAUGAUAAAGAGACCUGACUCGACUCUGAUAUCAAUAGAAAAUUGAAAAAAAAAAAUACUGAAUGAACUUUCAAUCUUUUUUUGUUUAAGAUUAAAAUGGUACAAAGUAGAACUUUUAGAUUAGACCAUUCAAAUGAUAAGGUGAAAAAGUACCGUUUCUCUUUAUUUGAUGUUUCUGUGACAGAAUGUUUACUUGUGUUGUGAAGAAAUCUUUUCCAAGUAUUGAUUUUUUCUUUUUCGGAGAUGUUUUCACUUUUGGAAUAACAGAUUUUGUAAUUUUUUCUUUAUCGUAGAUCUGUCCAUAUACAGGCUACAUUACUUUUCAGAUGUCUGGUGAUGAUGGAUUUUGAUUAGAUUUGUUGAUUCAAGUUUAAAUCACUGUUGGUUAUGUAAUUAUUGUGUCACUCUAAUUAAGAUUACAUUCAUAUAUAGUAUUAAAGACUACAUAAUAUAUUAUGUGAAAUAUAUUAUGUAACAAAGAGGUUUGAGGGAAAAAUAAUAUAAUAAUUCAUAAGACAUGUACUACAUGUAUAAAAAAUGUAUGCAAAUAAUUUCUAAAUUUAGAAUUAAUUUCUACUUAUGAUGCAAUUUU